AGGUGCAGCAGAAGAAUCACCACACACUCAGAUCCUUGAAGCAUCCACUAGUAGCAAAAUGGCUAUCUUAGGGGCCCAGAAGAGGUCCUUCUUCCUUCGGCUUGUGGCAACGCUCAUCAGUAUUCUGAUUGCAUGGCCCUGCCCACCAUAUUCCUUAGCCACAGCAUCCACACUCCAUAAUUCAUCUGAAACAGAUCGACAAGCCCUUUUGUGCCUGAAAUCCCAGCUGUCUAGCCCUGCUGGAGCCUUAGACUCAUGGAGAGACGACUCACUUUCAUUCUGCAAUUGGCGAGGGGUCUCAUGCAAUGGCAGCAAGGCAGCUCGUGUUGUCGCUCUUGACCUUGCAGAGCUAAACAUAAAAGGAAAAAUUCCUCCUUGCAUUGCUGACCUUCAUUUCAUUGAUACGAUCGACAUGGCUUACAAUCAAAUAAAUGGCCCCAUACCCCCAGAGAUAGGCAAAUUGACCCGGCUGAAGUACCUCAACCUCAGCAUGAACUCCAUCACUGGGAGGAUUCCAGAUUCCAUAUCAUUUUGUUCCAAGCUUGAGGUUAUCAGACUAAUCAACAACUCCAUCGAAGGUGAGAUCCCUCCAAGUCUUGCCAAGUUACAGUUCCUUCAGCAAAUUGUUCUUAGUAAUAACAACCUUGGCGGAAGAAUCCCUUUGGGGAUUGGAUUGCUUCCAAAGUUGCAGUAUCUGUUUCUCCCAAGUAACAACCUUGUGGGUAGUAUUCCUGAAUCCUUGGGCAACAGUCCAUCGCUCGCCAUUGUUGUUCUUCGGAACAAUAGCUUAACGGGUGGCCUUCCACUUAUGUUGGCAAAUUGCUCAACACUGUACUACCUUGACCUCAUGCAAAACAAGCUCAGUGGAAACAUCCCCUCUACUCUCUUCAAUAGCACAUCACUUGUUACAUUAGAUCUCUCAGAUAAUGAAUUCUCUGGGGUCAUCCCAUCAUCCUCCAUGAUGUCCCCACCAAUACAAUAUAUUAGCUUAGCAAAAAACAACUUCUCCGGAGUUAUACCUGCCACAUUUGGAAACUUCUCUUUUCUUUCCACCUUGCUCCUUUCUGAAAAUAACUUGCAAGGAAGCAUCCCUGAAAGUUUAGCUAGAAUUCAGGUAUGGGAAGCAUUAGACAUGGCUUAUAACAAUUUAUCAGGCACAGUACCACAGAAACUUUACAACAAAACAUCACUCAGCUACCUUGGCCUUGGUGUAAACCAACUUGUGGGAAGAAUUCCUAGUGACAUUGGCAACACUCUUCCGAACAUCGAAACACUGGUCAUGGAAGGAAACAAAUUUGAGGGCCCGCUGCCUGUGACCUUAGUCAAUGCCUCCAAACUCCAAGCAUUAGAAUUCCGUGAUAAUGCAUUCACUGGGGUAGUUCCAUCCUACUGGUCACUGCCCAACUUGAUUCAGUUGGACCUUGGUGCAAACCAGCUUGAAACAAUAGACUGGACUUUCUUGUCUUCGGCAUCAAACUCUACUGAACUUCAAUUAAUAUAUUUGGACAAUAACAAGUUAGAAGGAACAUUACCAAAUUCCAUUGGCAAUCUCUCAAGGAGCCUUCAACAGUUAUUCCUGACAGAAAAUAACUUCACUGGAACUAUACCAUCUGAGAUAGGAAACCUCAAAAACCUCACAAUUCUCCAAUUAGGGGGGAAUAAAUUCCUUGGAACCAUUCCUGAUACACUUGGAAACCUUGACAACUUGUUUAUCUUAAAGGUGAACUUUUUUUCUGGAAGCAUCCCAUCAUCAAUUACGAGCUUAAGAGGCAUGACUGAGAUGGACCUUUCCCAAAACAAUUUGUCUGGUGAGAUCCCAGUUUUUCUGGAGACCUUUACCACCUUGCAUCUCCUCAAUUUAUCAUUCAAUAACCUUGAGGGAGCAGUCCCUACCGGUGGUGUGUUCGGCAAUUCAAGCAAGGUACUCCUGCAAGGAAACAAGAAGCUAUGUGCAACUGAUCCAGUGCUGCAGUUACCAGUUUGCAUGUCGACAGCAACAAGAAGAAACAAGACUUCCUACAUCAUAUCAGUAGCAGUUCCUCUUGCCAGUGCUGUGAUGGUUUUGACUGCAUGUUCUGCACUCAUCAUCAUCUGCAAGAAGAGAAUUCACUUCAAGAACCGGCGUCUUGACCCACCAUGCAAGGAACUGACGAAGAUCUCGUACUCUGACAUUGCCGAUGCGACGAAUGAAUUCUCAUCGGACAACCUAGUUGGAUCCGGACAGUUUGGAACUGUAUACAAAGCUACAUUCAAGUUCGAGGCGCACCCAGACCCAGUUGCGGUGAAGGUGUUCAAGCUCGACCAACUUGGAGCACCAAAGACCUUCUUUGCUGAAUGUGAGGCGUUAAGAAACACUCGCCACCGGAACCUGAUACGCGUGAUCAGCCUGUGCUCAAGCCUGGACCAAAUGGGAAACGAGUUCAAGGCCCUGAUCCUUGAGUACAUGGGCAAUGGCACCCUGGAAAGCUGGCUCCAUUCUUCGAAGGUGGACACACAAGAGAACAAAAGGACAGGCAGGAUGUUGAACCUAGGUUCAAGAAUCCUGGUAGCCGUGGACAUUGUUGCUGCCUUGGACUACCUCCACAACUGGUGCAGACCACCUUUGGUCCACUGCGAUCUGAAGCCGAGCAAUGUGCUUCUGGACGAUGACAUGGUUGCUCACGUUAGCGACUUCGGAUUGGCCAAGUUUCUGCACGGUUGCGAUUCUUCAGUGAGGGUUAUGAGUUCAGCAAACAUCGCCGGGCCAAGAGGAUCCAUUGGAUACAUCGCGCCGGAGUACGGGAUGGGUCUGGAGGUCUCGACAGCGGGCGACGUCUACAGCUACGGCGUCAUCCUGCUGGAGAUGAUCACGGGGAGGCGCCCCACCGACGGCCCGUUCGAGGGCGGGCUGAGCCUCCGCGGGCUCGUCGAGGCCACGCUCCCACGGAACGUCGGCGAGGUCCUGGACAGCAGCCUGCUGCUACUCGCCCCGCACCACGACGGCGCCGGCGAAGUCGAAGCAGCAGGACGACGCGGCUCCGACGGGUGCUACGAGGAUUGGGCGGCCCUCGGAGUCCGGAGCUGCGUCGAGCGGCUCGCCGAGCUCGGGCUGAAGUGCGCCGCGGACUCGCCGGGAGACCGGCCGGCGAUCGGCCGCGUCUACGCUGAGGUCGUGGCGAUCAGAGAAGCGUUUUCCUUGGCGAUGGAGGUUUCAGCGGCCCACGGGUAG